CAACUUCAUCUUAUAAAUCGCAUAUCCAACAACUUCUCUCUCUCACUCAUUAUAACCAGUUCUUUAGUGGAAUUAAUACCGAAAACAUGCUCUCAACACGCACAUUCCGCCCGGCCCUCUCAAUCGCCCGCCAAGGCGUCGCAUCUCAGCGCCUCUUCCACGCCAGCCGCGCUGCUCAAGCCAUUCACUUUGUCAAGACCGCCGAGGAGUACAAGCAAGUCAUCAAGGCGCAGGACAAGGUCAUUGUGGACUGCUUUGCAACCUGGUGCGGGCCAUGCAAGGCCAUUGCUCCCAUCCUGGAAAAAGCCUCUGAGGAAGCAGAGUUCAAGGACAAGGUCCACUUUGUCAAGUUUGACGUGGAUGAGCUGCCAGAGUUGAGCCAGGAGCUGGGCAUCCGCGCCAUGCCGACGUUUCUGUUCUACAAGGACGGACAAAAGGUUGACGAGCUGAUUGGCGCGAACCCGCCCAUGCUGCUGCAGAACUUGAAGAAGCUCAAUGUCUAGAGAUAUACAAUGCAUUGUAAAAAGAUUAAUGGAGGCAGUUUAAAUG